AUGACUGAGGUGCUCAGUUACUACAGUAGUGGAGGCUAUUUUUCUCUUAACAGUGCCAGAUUGGCCUCUCUCUUUGGAUUGGAUCAGACAGUAUCAGGCCAUGGGAAUGAAUUCUUCCAAUAUACAGCACCAAAACAGCCUAAAAAAAGCCAAGCGACAGCAACAGGUCAGCCAGCUCAGAAGACGUCGACAACCACAGCAGCUUCAGCAGCCCCAUCAGUAUUUGUUGCCGCAGCAGUUCAUGCCUUUCGAUAUAUAAAUGGGCAGUAUGUGAAGCAAGGCAAGUAUGGAGCGGCUGUGGUGGGGAACCAUGCUACCAAAGAGUACAAGAUCAUCCUUUAUAUCAGUCAGCAGCAGCAGAUCACGGUUGCCAGGAUCCAUCCAGGGUCUAUGCUCACGGUUCAGCCCAACAACUACUGUACAUUUUAUGAUGAUCAGCAACAAAACUGGUCUAUCAUGUUUGAGUCAGAAAAGGCAGCCAUGGAUUUCAGCAAACAGUUCUGCAUUGCCAAAUCAAACAGCAGCCCUUCACUGGACUCAGUACUGUACCAGGAUCUCAUUGCUGGAGAGGGGCAGGGAUUGGAAGUAGGAGACUCUCUGGAGGUUGCUUAUACCGGUUGGCUGUUCCAGAACAAUGGGCUUGGGCAGGUGUUUGAUUCAAACAUCAACAAGGACAAGCUGUUGCGUCUGAAGCUGGGUUCUGGAAAAGUCAUUAAGAGUUGGGAAGAAGGGAUGAUCGGGAUGAAGAAAGGAGGAAAACGACUUCUCAUUAUUCCUCCAGCAUGGGCUUAUGGGUCCCAAGGAGUAGCCAGUCGCAUUCCUCCUGAUUCCACCCUGAUUUUCGAGGUGGAAGUGAAGCGGGUGAAGCUGGUAAAGGAGUCUGGCUCUGAUGGACAGAGUAUUGGUUCUAGGGAUUCAUCUGUAUCUUCCCCAGUACCCAAUUCAGACAGCUUCUCUGCAGACCCUGUCGGAUUACCUCCUUCCUCAAUACCUCCGAAGCCUGGCGAGCCAGCUGUUCGGGCCAAGUCUAACUCUAUAAGUGAACAACUAGCAAAUCCUGAUGUAGCAAAAGCAAAGCUUAUUUCCCGGAUGGCUAAAAUGGGACAGCCUAUGCUACCUUUCCUUGCAGGGACAGCAGGCACCCAGCUUGACUCCAGUGACUCAGAAAUAGAGGACCCAAAUACACUGAGAGGAACAGCACAGCCUGUCUCUUCAUCCCCCAAGAGACCUUUCUCACAGCCUGCUCACGCCGUACUGCCUCAGUUGACAACACAAGUGCCUCCUCCGUCUGUUCCUGGUCUCCAAGCACCCUCUGCUGCCCUCAUGCCUGCAACCCUGCAGCCCCCGUCAGCUCUCCCUGGAAGUGCACAGAGCUUUCAGCCCUAUGCAGGAAUGGCAUAUUCCUAUUCACAGACUGCUGCUGCUUCCCAGCUCCAGCCUGUAGGACAGAUGUAUCCAGCGCCUUUCCAAGCCCCUAGUGACGUCACCUCGUUCUUGAUGACAGAAGCUCGGCAGCAUAACAUAGCCGAUAAAAUGGAUCAUCUGGCUGCCAAGGUGGAGGAGUUACAGAAACAAAGCACUAGCAACAAUUUACUGCUGCCUGGCAUCUCUUCAGUUACCAUGGAAACUGCCAUGAUCAUGAGCAACAUCCAGCGCAUCAUUCAGGAGAAUGAGCGGUUGAAGCAGGAGAUAUUUGAGAAGAGCAGUCGGAUUGAAGAACAGAACGAGAAGAUCAGUGAACUGAUUGAGCGGAAUCAGCGGUAUGUUGAACAGAGCAACCUGCUGAUGGAGCAGAGAAACAACUCCUUGCAAACAACAAAUGAACACACUCAGGCAAGGGUGUUGCAUGCAGAGCAGGAGAAGGUAAAACUGGCCUAGCAGUGAGUACAAGCACAAAGCUCUGACUUGGAGCUGGAGCUGACUGCCCACCAGAAGAAGGAGAUGGACCUGCGCACACAGCUGACCACAGCCCUGCAGGAGGCAGAGAUGCAGGGGGCACAGCUCAGCAAACUGCAAGCACAGCUAGCUGAGCUCCAAGAAUCCUCUGAAGACACUCAAGCUAAAUUCAGGGCUGAGAAGCAGAGCCGCAGGCAACUGGAGCUGAAGGUCACGGCGCUGGAAGAAGAGAUAGCAGACCUGAGAGUGGAGAAAGAGAAUCUGGAAAAGCACCUUGCUGAGAGGAAAAAGAAGUCCCUCUUGGAGAGAAGCCAGGCUGAGGAAGAGAUGGAUGAGAUUCGCAGGUCCUACCAGGAAGAGCUGGACAAACUCCGACAGCUCCUGAAAAAGGCCCGGACUUCAACUGAUCAGGCAGCAGCGGAGCAGCUGUCGCUCAUCCAGGCAGAACUGGAAUCCCAGUGGGAAGCAAAAUGUGAGCGGAUGCUGGCCUCCGCCAAGGAGCAGCACUUACGGCAGUACCACGAGGUGUGUGAGCAGCGAGACUCCCAGCAGCAGCGUGUCACCCAGCUGGAGGAGAAGCUCUCCGCUUUGAAACACUCUAGAAAUGCUGAGGAGCAAAAGAGCUCUGUGUUGCUGGAGCAGCUGGAGCAGCUGGGGCAGAUGAGUGAGAAGCAUUCAGCCCUCCAGUCCCAUGCUGCUGCCCUGAAGGCUCGCUAUGAAAAGCGCAUCCGGGAGCUGAAAGGGCAGGCGAGCUCUCCGCCCGCAGACUCUACAGAGGAGGUAAAGAAGAUCAUGAAUGGGGUGUUUCAGUCCCUGCGGGGUGAAUUCGAGCUGGAGGAGUCGUACAGCGGUAGAACAGUCCUCGGGGUUGUCAUGAACACCAUCAAGACUGUAACUCUGCAGCUGCUCAGCAGGCAGCGGGAGAGGCAAGAGAGCAACAGCGACGAGGAGGAAGCGAGAACGGGGGAGGAGAACCGGGAAAGCUCGCCAAGCGCCCAGGCGGACUGUGACGACGCUGUGCAGAACGGGCCAACACCGAGCACUGUGGGCCCCGCUCAGCCAGCGGCGGGGGGGGCUGGCGGCGCUGCACCGCCCAGCUCUCCGGAGGCAGGGCGGGAGGCCUGGAAUCCAGCAGCCUCAGGAGUGAGGACGGUCCAGGAGAGGCGUGACGAGCGUUCCUUCUCCCAGUCGGCCCAGCCGGGAAAGGCCGCCCCAGGGCUGGUGGGUGCUGAGGAGCAUGUCGGCUCCAUGCUGGCUGAGCAGGGGCAGGCAGGAGCUCCCAGCGGGAUGGCUCACCCGGAAGGCAGCUCCCAAGAAACAGCCUCUGUUGAGGGAACUCUGCAGCCCUCCAUUGCAGAGCCAGAGCCGGGAGCAACGCCCGCCACAGAGGAGCCUGCCGCAGGGCUGGAGCCCCAGCAGAGUUCAGAGGGCAGGGGGGGGUUGGGAAUUCCAGCUGGACCUAGCUCAGGGGCAGGCUCCAGCAUUUCUGACGUAACAUCUGAGAUGGCAGAGAAGGGUCCGGCCACCGACCAGGAAUCUGCCGACCCCGCCCAGGGUUCCAGUGUCCCUGGGGACGGCAGUGUCAGAGCUGCAGCACUGAAGCCUGGCGCGCCGCCCGAGGAGGAGGAGGAGGAAGUGAGCAUGAAGGGGCACCCGCCCCCUGCCCCGCUCUUUGGGGACGACGACGACGACGACCUGGACUGGCUGGGAUGAACCUGGAAGAGGAUCUGGAUGCGGCAAGCCGGUGAGCUUCCCCUGGGGCACAUGGCUUCUUCAGGCCUAUUUUGCACUUCCCAGCGGCGUUUCCUUGGGCUGGGAAUGGAACAGACUUGGGACCCGCCGGCCCGGGGGGCUGCGAGCAAGAGACUGCGCUGCUGGGCGGCCGGGACAGUCGCGCAGGCCGGAUCGGCUAGCCUGGCUCACGCUCGUCCCCACGUGCCAUUGAUUUGCUAAUCUGACGCUCGCACCGAAGGGAGGAAGGGAGAGCUGUGUGAUCAGCAAGCCUGGCCGGAUGCUGCAGCAGAUGCAGUAACGAAAACGGGACAAGAAAAUUGCCCCCCCCUCCCGGAAUCGAUACCAGCAC